UCUUAGCCGAAAAUGUGUCUGUCUUCCUUGCAGGCAAAAGCAUUAUCUGUUGAGAAACUUUUGCUUUCUUCUGCUUCUUCCCAUUUCAGAGCUUGCUAUUUCCACCAUGUCAAUCAAGAUGAAAGGGAUCUAUAAAAGUCUCAAAUACAUUACCAAAAUCUUUGUUGUGAAGGAGCGCGAAAUUGAAAUUGGUCACCCCACAGACGUUAAGCAUGUGGCUCACAUCGGAUGGGAUGGCCCCUCAGGGAGUGGACCCACUUGGAUGUCUGAGUUUAAAACAGCUCCUGAUUUCUCAACAUCGCUCGGUAAUUUGGAUGAUCGAAGAGAUCCCAAUCCUUUAUCUACCAGCAUCAUGCCUCCUCGAGAUAUUGCAGAUUCAAGCCAAUCAUCAUCAAGCAAUUUCAAGGACAGUCAAUCUCAUGAACAUCCUCGUGUUCCUAAAAAGCACAAGCGGAAAAAGGCCAAGUUGGGUUCUGCUAAGUCUUCUCUAACUUCAUCUUCCUCCUCCUCAAAGCAUUUAAGAACUGCAAAGCCGACAACAAAUACAUACAACGAGAUGGAAGCACCACCACCGGUUGUACAAGUCUAG